AUGCAGACGCCGCUUCUUGACCCGUUUGGGACCAAGAUUCCAGAUGUGAUUGAACACACGCUGGAGGAGGGCAUCGCCCUCACGUCCAAGUUCAACCGCAAAGGCUCGCUUCUCGCCACGGGAUGCAGCGACGGCAAAGUUGUGCUGUGGGACUUUGACACAAAGAGCCCCGCUACAAGCUUGGACAAGCACACCAUGGCUGUGCUUGGCCUCUCGUGGUCGCGCAAUGGGCGAAAGCUCCUCACGUGGGCCGCAGACCAGACAGUCGUCGUGUUCGACGUCAAGAAGGGCAAAGCUUGCUUCCGCAAGUCCUUGUCAUGCGUGGCAAAGGCGUGCGCCAUCCACCCAAGGAAUGAACACAUGCUGCUCGUGUGCCCAGCAGCGUUGGACCCUUUGCUCAUCACCAUCAAACCUGAUCCAGGGAACGAGGGCAUGUGCAUCCAGGAGUCUGAGCACGUGAUACCGAUUAUGGCGAGUGCACCAGAGGGGGUGCAGACACACCUCGGGCCCACGGCGUGCUUCAGUCGGCGUGGCGAGCGCAUGUACUUUGGAACCUCGUGGGGAACCGUUGAUGUCUAUGACACCGCCACACGGACCCGCAUCCAAUCCGUGCAGCUGCAACUUCAACGCAACGAAGAGCCGUUUGCGCCUGGAGAGGAGCUGCUGUAUCUGCCGUCUGAUCCCAUCGUCGACACAAUCUCCGCCCAGGAGAAGGCCGAUAUCGAGCGGCAGCAGAAGGAGGAAGAGAGGAUUGCCAGCAUGUACGAAAGGCGUCUCAAGGAAGUCACUGCCCUCAGAGGCAAGCUGCAGCACCACGCUGGGCGGCGGCAGCAGCUGUUGCGGAAGAAGAAAAAGAGCGGGAAGCGCGUCAAGAAGAAGGGGGCAAGUGAUGCACAGCCAAAGACGAAGAAGACAAAGGCCACAACACCAACAGCUGCACCAGCAGCGGAAGCCUCGACCGCCACCACUCAAUGA